UUCCUGUUGACGGCGGAAGGGGGAAGUUAGUGAGGUGUGUGGUUCUGGCCGGCGUGCGCGGUGAUGCAGGUUCCACAGCUCCUGGUGCUUUUCGGCAGCCAGACUGGCACAGCCCAGGACGAGGCGGAGAGGCUGGGCCGUGAGGCCCGGCGCCGGCGGCUAGGUUGCCGCGUGCAGGCUUUGGACUCUUACUCCGUGGCGAAUCUCAUUAGGGAGCCCCUGGUGAUAUUUGUUUGUGCGACCACAGGCCAAGGAGACCCUCCUGACAACAUGAAGAACUUCUGGAGGUUCAUAUUCCGGAAGAGCCUGCCAUCCACCUCCCUCUGUCAAAUGGAUUUUGCUGUCCUAGGCCUCGGAGAUUCCUCAUAUGCCAAGUUCAACUUUGUAGCCAAGAAGCUACACCGUAGGCUGCUGCAGCUAGGAGGCAGUGCCCUCCUGCCCCCAUGUCUAGGUGAUGACCAGCAUGAGCUGGGGCCUGAUGCUGCCAUUGACCCCUGGGUAGGAGACCUUUGGGAGAAGAUAAUGGUUAUGUACCCAGUACCCCUUGACAUUCCUGAGAUUCCUCAUGGAGUCCCCUUGCCCUCCAAGUUCAUCUUCCAGUUUCUUCAGGAGGUCCCCAGCAUAGGGGCUGAUGAGCUCAACAUAGCCGGCUCAGCCCCUCAGACACCCCCAUCAGAGUUACAGCCCUUCCUGGCACCUGUGAUCACCAACCAGAGGGUCACUGGCCCCCAACACUUUCAGGAUGUUCGGCUGAUUGAGUUUGACAUUACAGACUCAAAUAUCAGUUUUGCUGCUGGUGAUGUUGUAUUAAUUUUGCCCUCUAACUCAGAGGCCCACACCCAGCAGUUCUGCCAAGUGUUGUGCCUGGACCCCAAUCAGUUUUUCACGCUUAAGCCACGGGAACCAGGUGUCCCUUAUCCACCAGGGCUGCCUCAGCCCUGCACUGUGUGGCACCUCGUGUCGCAGUACUUGGACAUUGCCAGUGUGCCCCGCCGUUCCUUCUUUGAGCUCCUGGCUUGUCUCUCAGAACAUGCGCUGGAGCGAGAGAAGCUGUUGGAAUUGAGCUCUGCCAGAGGUCAGGAAGAGCUCUGGGAGUACUGCAAUCGGCCCCGCAGAACCAUCUUGGAGGUGCUAUGCGACUUCCCACACACAGCGGGCGCCAUUCCUCCAGACUACCUUCUGGACCUAAUCCCUCGGAUCCGCCCACGGGCCUUCUCCAUUGCCUCCUCCCUACUGGCUCAUCCCGGGAGGCUACAGGUCCUUGUGGCUGUGGUAAAGUACCAGACUCGUCUGAAGGAACCCCGCCGUGGUCUCUGCUCCUCCUGGCUAGCAUCCCUGAAUCCUGGGCAAGCAGGACCUGUCCGGGUGCCUCUGUGGGUACAGCCUGGGAGCCUCGUGUUCCCAGAAACACCAGACACACCCAUUAUCAUGGUGGGGGCUGGAACUGGUGUGGCCCCCUUCCGAGCAGCCAUUCAGGAACGAGUGGCCCAUGGCCAAACUGGAAACUUCUUGUUCUUUGGCUGCCGCCUGCGGGAUCAGGACUUCUACUGGCAAACUGAAUGGCAGAAGCUAGAGCAGAAGGGCUGCCUGACCUUGGUUACAGCCUUCUCCCGGGAGCAGGAACAGAAGGUAUAUGUGCAGCACCGGCUCCGAGAGCGGGGGCCACUUGUCUGGGAGCUGCUGGAUGGCCAAGGUGCCUACUUCUACCUAGCAGGCAAUGCUAAAUAUUUGCCUACGGAUGUUUCGGAAGCCCUGAUGUCCAUUUUUCAAGAAGAAGGACAACUCUCCACUGCAGAUGCAUCUGCCUACCUUGCUAGGCUCCAGCAGACACUGCGCUUCCAGACUGAGACCUGGGCCUGAGGAGCCACUUGCUAGCUCACACCCACAUUAACAGCUGUAUUGGGGAGCCUGCUGAGGUCUAGAAGGCCCAUUGUUGUCUCUUGCCCUCUAAUCCCAGAACACUGGGUAGACCCACAGUUUAGCUUUUUAGGUCCAGCUGACCAGGAGGGCAGUUCCUGUGUACAUCCAAACUCGGUGGAACCCAGUGUCCCAUACGUAGCCCCAGCCCCAGUGCAGCCAGCACUCCUGGUUUUCUCUCAGACCCCCUUCAUUCUGUCCCAAAUCUGCACUUAUAGUCCAUACUACCAAGGGCCUGCUAAGCCCUCCAAAGGGCAUAGAGCUGUGAGGGCUGCACUGCCCCUCUGACCUCGUGCUCUUCCCAUUAAUCCCAUAGCACCUGUGCAGCUCAGCUCAGUUGAAAGCCACCAGGGAGCAAGCCUCCUGAGCAUUGGGAUUGGGCAACUCUGUCAGUCUUCAGGUCUAUAAACAUGGGCUAACUACCUGGGUAGCUGCUCACUUCCACUUUUUGUGCUUCUAGAUUUGAGGGUGGUGGGUGGGACAUGGAUUAUCUGCAUCUGGUAGUGGUGGGCAAAGACCCCUCCAGGGCAUGAGCACAGGCUUGUACUGUCAGCUUAGCCAAGCUAGUCCCCUUCUCUGAUGGCCACACAACUCAGCCAAGUUCAUAUACCCUUCUCAUGGACAAACAGAGGACUUAGCUAUUUGGAAGUCCCAGCCAAGAGCCAGCACGUACUAUUCUUUCCAAAGAACUGAAAGAAACAUCAGGGUGGAGGGGGUGUGAUUUGUGUUGGCCCGCCCAUGGGCAGGGCCUUCAGUGCUGAAAAGGAAACCCUGUUGGAGGAGUCAGACAGGUCCCAGGGCAGCUGGGAGCUAAGGAACCUCUGUUCUGUCUGUCAACUUGUGGAACAGGGACCAGACCAACAUUACGCUUAGGCCUGAGAUACCAAGAGUUGACGUGCUGCGGGGACCCAAGUGAAGCUUACUUCCAGUGAGGUCAGCAAGCCAAAGGUGUAUCUAGAGGUUGGUGCUCCGGUGACUGGGUGGAGGCCAAGCUGUGCCUGGUUGCUGAGGGUCACACUCCCAGCUGUCACCCUGGAGCCUCAGUCUACUCAUCCUGACUCCUGUUCUGGUGGCUCUACCCUGGGACCUAAUGACACCAGCUCUGGGUUUGCUAGUUCACCCGGUGCUUCUCUGGGUCCUGAGCUCUUGGACCCACUGUGCCAGCUACCAGCAGAUGAAGAGGAUGAUCUCAGGGCCCCUCCAGGUGCCAGAACUCCAGACAGUAAACCUGAACUGGAGGCCAGAGACCCAUCCGGUGCCUGGGCCCUAAAGUCAACUGUGGAACAGCAGGAAGGUGAGGGGCAGGUUGAGGAGGAGGAGGAAUGUCCCAUCUGUGCUGAGCCUUAUGGGCCUAGUGAGCACCACCUGACCCUGCUAAACUGUGGUCACAGCCUAUGUGUGGGCUGCCUACACCAACUGUUAGGCAUGACCCCCAGAGCUGACCUGGGCCGUGUGUGCUGUCCACUGUGUCGUCAGAAGACACCCAUGCUAGAGUGGGAGAUCUGUCAGCUGCAGGAGGAACUGCUUCGAGCUGAUGGACCCCAGCACCCAAUGCGUACUGCAUCCAUCACAGCCUUGCAUCCUGGCCCUUGGCCCUGGGGGUCCUUAGAGCACCGCUACCAGCUACGCUUCCUGGCAGGGCCUGUGGGAGGUCGGAGCUGUCUCCCCUUCCUGCCCUGCCCUCCCAGCCUAGGUACCUGGUUGUGGGCACUGCGGGAACGUGGCCCCUGUGCCCGCCGCUUGUCACUGCUGAGCCUGCUGGUACUUGAACUGCUAGGGCUUGUGGUCAUCUUCACACCACUCAUUUUACUAGGGGUGCUCUUCAUGCUGCUAGACCAUUCCAACCACUAAGCAGAUUCCAGAAUGGUGGCCAAGCUUUGAAGUCCAUGCUCAGAUUCUGGUAAUCAGCCAAGACUUGUUAUCACCAAUACCAAGACUAUACAUGCCUAAGAGCCUAAGCCAGCCAGAGUGCUUACACACCCUUGCAGCUUAGAUACUAGCUGAAGCCAAGGACACAAGGACAGCCUCUGAAGGAGUUUGGCCUGGCAGGAAGAGCUGUGAAAAGAACCCUGUGCUUGCCAUGGGCGGUCAGCUCACUGGCCACAGGCAGAAAGUGGGCUAUACUGCCAGCUCGUGGUCCAGCUGGUGAAGGUGGGCACAAAUGUGUGAUUCUAGCAGUGAUUCUGUUUAUCCUGAGAUCUGUUCAUUGGAGAAGGCAAAGGCUACAGACUCACCUGCUCCAGACAGCUGGUGUGUAUCCCUGAAGGCAACAGCAGCAGCCACAGGAGAGGCCUGUACUGUACAAACCAACCUUCAAAGGCUCCCCACCCAACCUAAGAUACUCUCACCAGAGAAGGUAGCCCAGAGGAGCUGGGAUCAAUAUUGCCUUUGUAUUGCAUGGGCCCAUCCAGACCCUGAAGCCUCCAAAUGCCCAAGGUCCAGCUCUUCCUAAUUGACUCUACAACUGAUGUCACUGGACCAGGAUCCCUCACUUGGGAGAUUCAGGCAAAUGUAAGCUCACUUCACAGCUCAUUGGUGACACAGUGCAGGAUGUAACAUUUCAGACUGAGUCUGGUAUAACAAACAUAAGAAAGGCUCUCAGGCUGGGCAGUGGUGGUGCACGCCUUUAAUCCUAGCACUUGGGAGGCAGGCGGAUUUCUGAGUUCAAGGCCAGCCUGGUCUACAGAGUGAGUUCCAGGACAGCCAGGGCUAUACAGAGAAAACCUAUCUAAAAAAAAAAAAAAAAAAAAAAAAAACCUCUCAAUAAACAGUUACUGAUACUAUCAUUA